CGCCCCUCCUCCGCCGGUCCCGCGCGCAGCCGCCGUCUGGCGGAGCCGGGGCGGGCCUGGCGGCCCGGCGCGAGAGGGGCGGGGCAGGGGGCGGGGCGAGAGAGGCGCCGGGAGCGCUCCGGCCCGGCCGUCACUGGCGAGCCCCGGCGCCGCGGAUCCCACACCCCUGUGGAUCAGAUGUCGUGAACUGGUUCUGGGCUGAGCUGAUUUUUCAGUACAUCUGGAAAGCUGGAGCACCACGUGUCCAUCAUGUCCGACUGGGUGCUCCUCGGGAUGAUAGCGGUGCUGGUCACGCUGCUGCUGCUGACUGUCUUUGGUUUCGCUGUCUACUCGGGGCUCUUCACGGAGGUGGUUGUCAGUGCCGGCUCCCCGCCUGUCGGCAGCAUCACGCUGGCCUACAAGUUCAGGGUGGGCCCGUACGGCGAAUCCGGGCAGCUCUUCACGGAUGGCUGCAGCAUCUCUUCGAAGCUCUACUCCAUCGGUGUCUACUAUGACAACCCUCACACGGUGUCUCCAGAGAAGUGCCGCUUUGCCAUAGGCAGAAUCUUGUGUGAGGGAGACUCAAAACCAUCGGAAGAGCAGAUCAAGCGGUUCCAGAAGUAUGGCUUCAAGAUCUUCACCUUCCCUGCUCCCAGCCACGUGGUCAUGGCGAGCUUCCCAUUCACCACGCCAUUGUCCAUCCAUCUAGCAGUCAACCGUGUCCACCCAGCCCUUGACGUCUACAUCAAGGAGAGGAAGCUGUGCGCCCACCCCCGAAUCGAGAUCUACAAGGAGGACCGCAUCUACUUUGUGUGUCCCCUCGCCCGCCAAGGGGACUUCUACGUGCCUGAAAUGAAAGAACUGGAGAGGAAGAGCAGGGCUGCUGCAGCUGAGGCCGAGGAUGCCCAGACAGACAUCACAGGGGCUGACACCAUGAGUGAGACGAGCUCCAUCAGCAUGGAAGCCACAACCGACAGCAGAGACACCUCAGUGGCCACCUCUGUCCUGCUGCCCUUCCCAGCCAGCCGGGGCCGGGAGGAGGCGGACAACCGCAGUGAGCACAGCUACAGCGAGUCGGGAGCCAGCGGCUCCUCCUUCGAGGAGCUGGAUCUGGAGGUCACCGUAGACGGGGAGGGAGCCCCAGGCCUGCUGCCUGAUGUGGGCUAUGUGGGCAACCAGGAGGUCACAGACAAGUGGACCAAGGAGCCUGUCGCUGCUGAGAGAGGAGAAGAGUGAAGCUGCCUCACCUCCCGCCAGGGCCUGAGUUACUGGGAACCAGUUGCCUUUUCCACCUCCUUCCUCUCCAACCAAGAGAUUUUGGUCACUGAUUCCCCCUGGGACCCACUCUCCCUCUUUGCAGAAAGGGUGUUUGACUGUUUUGGGGGUGCCGGGAAACUGGGGGGGACUUCUGCAGUGCUCAGCAAUGUGGGGUAGGUGCAGACUGGGGCGGGGGCAGCAAAACGCAUUUGCCGUUUGUGUGUCUCUAGAUGUAUGGAAAAUUCCUUGCAGGCAUCUCGGGGGGUGGUGAUGGGUGUCAGAGGUGUCCCCUCUCGUCUCUGCCGGUGCCCCUCUCACCCACAGCUUCUGCCGCACCGCCCUGUAUUUUCUAGCACCAAAGAGCCGUGAGCAGGGCCAGCUGGGUUUGUUCCCCGCUUCCCCUUCCUGAAAAAUGGAAACAUCCCGUGUAAACCUGGUCCUGCUGGAGCUGCCACAGGUGCUUUUGGGGUCUGUAAUAAAGUGGAUGCUUUUCCUC